GUGGACCACGUCACACAGCAGGUGGACAGGCUGCAGAAGGACGUGCAGAGUCAGGAUGCAUCCUGUGAGGAGGCCUGUCGGAGAUGUCAAGAACUGCAGAUGUGUGCAGAGAAGACACAAAGGACACUGAUGAAACUGACCAAGGCGGAUGAGCUGGCUCCGGUGGGGAACUACGACCAGAGGAAGCAGGAAGAGGAGACACGACUGCAGAACAUCCUGGAGCGUUUGAACACCCUCUAUCUGGAGCUUUCACCACCAGGACCCAGCUCUGCUGCCGGAGAUGUUUCAAAGGAAGAUAACGAGGAGGACGAUGAAGACGAAGACAGCAGCGACGACAGUGAUGCUGAAGGCGAUGAAGAAGAUGAGAAACAAACUGUGAAGCCUGACAUCUACACAGCGCUCAGUGACUUCAGAGGAGAACAGGAAGGAGAUCUGUCGGUUCAGAGAGGGGAGGUGUUGAGGAUCAUCAGGAGGACAGCAGAUGGAUGGUGGCUCGCUCAGGACGCAAAAGGCAACAGAGGAGUGGUUCCAAAAACCUACCUGAAG